AUGUCCGCGACAGAGACCGUCACUAUACCGCAACAAAUCGUGGCGGCCCCUGGACCGUUCCGAACCAAAAAUCCAUAUGCCGCGAGUGAGGCUGUCGAGCUUUCGCCAGUGAAGAGCGGCCGGGGUAGGAGAUCACACGAAGAACUAGAUGUUCGAGAUGAGUUGCCACCACCUUCGACGGCUGUCGAGGUGCUCGAGAGAUGGAAUUUGCCCCGACGGAACAUGUACGCCAUCUUCGGGACGUACCUCAGCUUCUUUAUCUUGGGCAUGAACGACGCAUCCCCGGGAGCACUGAUCCCUUACCUGGAGCGAUACUAUGACUUGUCCUACACAGUCGUCAGCUUGAUCUUCCUGUCGCCAUGUGUUGGCUACAGCCUAGCUGCCGCAUUGAACAACUCCAUCCACCGAAUGUUCGGGCAGAGAGGCAUCGCUUUCAUUGCUGGGAUGUGCCAUCUCAUAACGUACUUGACGUUCUCACUACACCCGCCUUGGCCGGUGAUAGUGGUCUUCUUCAUCUUCGCUGGCUUUGGCAAUGGUCUGGCUGAUGCUGGGUGGUGUGCAUGGACAGGUAACAUGGUCAGCGCAAACAAGGUGCAAGGCUUUCUGCAAUCUUUCUAUUCGCUUGGAGCGACGAUAAGUCCUCUGAUCGCUACAGAGCUUGUUGUUAAUCGCAAAAAGCCAUGGUAUACGUGGUACUACGUGAUGACUGCAUUUGCUGGCCUGGAGCUGAUCGUAUGCACAGCGGCUUUCUGGCACAAGAAUGGAGCCAAGUAUCGCGCCGAGACCAAGCAGGAGACUGCCGGUAGCACGACGUGGAAUGCUGUCAAGAACAAAGUCACGUUGCUUUGUGGUGCUUUCUUCCUAAUCUACGUUGGAGCAGAAGUCGCUCUUGGAGGCUGGAUCGUUACAUUCAUGCUGCGGGUGCGCAAUGCAACUCCGUAUGCGUCUGGCAUCUCUGCUACCGGCUUCUGGGCAGGCAUGACUGUUGGCCGUGCGCUGCUCGGCUUCAUCACUGAGCGGUAUGGCGAGCGAGUCUGCAUUUCGAUCUACCUAGCCAUUGCGCUUGCGCUGGAGCUGAUCUUCUGGCUUGUUGUUUCUGCUGUUGCGGUAGCACUACUUGGAUUCUUCUUUGGACCUGUCUUUCCCGGUGGUGUGGUGAUGUGUGCCAAACUCUUGCCAAAGCACAUGCACGUCUCAGCGCUCGGAGCAGCGACAGCCGUCGCAGGAGUCGGAGGCGCUGGCGUGCCUUUUGCUGUAGGUGCGAUUGCACAGCAGAAGGGUGUCUGGGUGCUUCAGCCAAUUGUCCUGUCGUUGGUCGUAAUCCUGAUAUUGCUGUGGUUGGCUCUACCGCGGGUCAAGAAGAGAGACGCGUAG